AUGUUUGGAACACAAUUUGAUUAUUUAAAACUCAAACCUAGAACAGUUGAAGAAAUUCAUCAUGAAGAUGGCUAUAUUAAAGAAGGUAUUGAACGAACUGCUACUAGAAGAAUAUUUUAAUCUGUUGAAUAUGAUCAUUUUGAAAAAAAAUAAAUCCAAUAAUUUAAAGAUAUUAUAAGAGGAGCUAAUAUCAGUGUUAGUACUGAUGAUGUACUCUUAAGAUUUCUUUAUGCAGGAUAUUUUAAUAUGACUAAUUGUUUAGAAGUAUUUUCAAAUUUAUUUUUAGUUAUAUAAACGACAUAUUUAUUGGCUGAAUACUAGUAGACUCUCUACUAUUCCUGAAAAAGUACUUUUAUGUUUAAGAGAAGGUUUAGUAUAUAUUGGAGGUAAAGAUUAUUAAUAUCGUCCUAUUAUUGUUAUUAAUUUACAUAUGAUGGAUCUAUAUUUAUUUGAUUCUGAUGCUUUUAUUCAUGCUUUAUCAAUAUUAUUUGUUAUUUGUGAAGAUUAUUUAUUCUAUCCAUCGAAAGUUGAAAAUAUUGUUGUCAUUGUUGAAACUGAUUAAAUGAGUAUUUACAAUUUCCCAUCAAAAACAUUUCAAGUCAUUAUUUGGAUGAUGAGUCAAAACUUUCCAUAAAUAUUAGAUCGUCUCUAUUUAUUUAAUCCAUCUAAAGAAUUACUUAUGAAUUGGGAUAACUAUCAUUAAAUGCUAGAUAGUAGAACAUUCAAAAAAAUUGAAAUCUGGGAAUCUAAAUCAUUUGCUCCUCUUGCUCAUGGUUUUCAUCCUGAUAUGUUAGAACGUAGAUUUGGAGGAGGAAUGCCAAAUAUUUAGUAAUAUUGGUUACCUUCUCAAAUUAUUUAAUAACCUAGUAGUAUUUCUUAUAAAGUUUAAAAACCUAUCUAUAAUUAAGGAACUAUUUAAUAUUCACUCUAUAAUGAUCCUAAAGAAUUAUUAGAAAGACUAUAAUAAAGAGAUGAUGAAGUAAGAUCAUAAGAAGCCACUGUUAAAAGUGAACCUAAAUCAAGUGUUGCUUCUGGUAAAUUAAAAGUCAUUGAUUUUCAUUAAACUAUGGGAAAUGCUUUUAAAUAGUCAAAUUAUCCUUAAGAAUACUAAGAUCUUAGUUAAACUAAUUUCUCAGGUGAAUUCUAUUAAUAAACUAAUUAAAUUUAAUAAUCACCAUCAUAAUAAUUUAUGAAUCCAGGCUUCUAAGGAUCAACAUUACCAGAACAAUAAUUUAAAUAAAAUAGUAAAGCCAAUUCCGUUACAUCCUCAUAAAGAAUUAAGGAUCAAUAAAUUGCUUAAUAAUUAGUUGGUUCCUAUUAAAAACCUACAAGCACUAUAUAAUAAUAAACAAAUAGACCUAACACUAUGCCAGUUCCUUAAUUAGGAGCUCCAGCUUAAUCUGAAAGAAUUUAUGAAUCUAUGGAUGAAAAACUAAAUGAUUCUUAACGACCAUCUAGUAAUAAUGUUUAAGCUUGUUCAAUUAUGUGA